AUGCUAGAAGACAACACUCUAAAGGGUGUCGAACCCCAUGUGAAUAUCACGCUCUACGCUCCUGCAGCUUCAUUCGUUGGCUUGGGAACCUUCGACAAAGUUGAAAUCACCGAUCCGUCUCCGAUUUUGUUCGAUCCCGUACAAGUAAACCACCGUCGUCUUGGGGUCGUGGGUAUCGUGUCCAUUCUGUACGUCUAUCUCUGCGCUGGUCCCAUCGGAUCCGAAGACGUCGUCUCUUCAGCAGGUCCUCUAAUUGGUCUAUCAGGAUUUAUCCUCUACGCUUUCUUCGUCGCAUUCCCGUUUGCCUACAUCGUAGCUGAACUGUGCUCAGCAUUCCCAGAAGACGGUGGAUUCACGGUUUGGGUGUUGAACGCUUUCGGCCCCUUCUGGGCUUUUCAAGUGGGAUACUGGUCAUGGAUUGCUGGUGUGUUGAGAGGAGCUUUGAUGCCUGGAACACUACUGAGUCUACUUACCCGAUACUACAACAUGGAAAUCGAGUCUUCCGUUGCAACAUACGGCAUCAAAGCAGCAAUUGCGAUUAUCUUAACAGGUCCAACGUUGCUAGGAACUAACAGUGUGGGUCGACUGAGCCUACUAGUUGAUCGCUUGCUUCACCGUAUUCACGGUUUGGGCCAUUGUGGAGUCUUCAGACUUGGACGAUCUCUUCCAGAUGCGCCAUGA